AUGGAUCAGCAAUUUUGCCUGCGAUGGAACAACCAUCCGACCAAUUUAACCGACGUCCUCAGCAGGCUGUUGAAGCGCGAGGCCCUCUGCGACGUCACGUUGGCCUGCGACGGUGAGACGUUCAAGGCCCACCAGACCAUCCUGUCGGCCUGCAGCCCCUACUUCGAAACGAUCUUCGUACAAAACGCCCAUCCGCACCCCAUCGUAUUCCUCAAAGACGUCAAUUACAACGAAAUGAAAGCGCUCUUAGAUUUCAUGUACAAAGGCGAGGUGAACGUGUCGCAGAACCUGCUGCCCAUGUUCCUCAAGACGGCCGAAGCCCUGCAGAUUCGGGGCCUCACCGACAACAGCUCGUUGAGCAGGAACGAGGAGGUGCAGGAGACGCCCCGGAGGGACAGGGACAGCCCGCCCGUCGAGAAAAGGAAACGUAAAUCGUCUUCAAACUGUGAUACGACAUCUAACUUAAACUCCGAAAGGUUUAACGAUUCUCAGGCAAGUCAAAGGUCUAAUGCAAACGUACCAAAGUUAAAUCCCAUAUCGCCCAUCGAUAGGGACGCGAGUUCCGGCCCAGAGGAUAUGAGAAUAUCCUCGCCUUUGAUCAAACAGGAACCCCAGCACGAUUCCAGCCCGUUGAUUGACUCUUUUCAUUCGAUGUCAGAGGCCUUGCAAACGGGCGGCAGCGUGAGUGUACAUCAAGACGACGUAAAAUUGAUGGGACACCCGAUACCUGAUCUACCAGACAACGAAACACCUCCUAUCCCUCCGCCCGAAAUGACGGACACAAUAGACGGUUCAAAAACCUGGCACAUGCGACUAACGUUCGACAAGUUGCCGGGCGGCUGCAACCUGCACCGCUGCAAGCUGUGCGGGAAAAUAGUGACGCACAUCCGCAAUCACUAUCACGUGCACUUCCCGGGCAGAUUCGAGUGUCCGCUGUGCAGGGCGACGUACACGCGCAGCGACAACCUGCGAACGCACUGCAAAUUCAAACAUCCCCGUUACAAUCCCGACACUAGGAAAUUCGAUCCGCCAAAGUUCGAACAGCCGACGAACGCCAUCGCCAAUGACGCCACGGCCGAUUGA